AUGUCGUUGUGCAAAUUAUUGGCUGCUAUAGCUACAAUUGGCUUUACAGUUGCACAUUCUGACUCAAACGUUGAGAAUGUUAAUGGUUCUACUAAUAUCACUCUUUUAAAAGAAAUAAAUCAUAAACAUGUACAUUCUCAUGAUCAUAUUCAAGGAACUUUUAAUGGUUUAGGUUUAUUUGGUGUAAAUAUCGUGAAACACAUUGAAGAAUAUAUAUUUAGAUAUAGUACACGCUGUAAUGCUUUGCUUGCCACAUUCUUUCUACAAAUUGCGCCAUUUAUUAUUUUGGGAGUAAUUCCAACAUUCAGAAAUAUGAAAGAAGAUAGCUUACUUCUUCAUAUAUCAUCUUCAUUUGCGGUUGGUACUCUGUUUGGUGACCUAUUUUUACAUUUGAUUCCAGAAACUUUGAGCGAAACUAAUGAUGAAACAAAAAUGCAAUCGAGUAUGCUGGCUAUAUUUGUAGGAUUUAUGAUGUUCUUUUUCCUUGAUAAAAUUAUAAGAAUAAUAACUUUUGAUCCAAAUAACCCAGAAGAAAGCAAAAAUGACUCCCAUUCCCAUUCUCAUUCAUCAUCCUCAUUGGAACCUGAAUUAAUCAAUACACAAUCUUCUGCAACUUCGACCGGUUUAAAAGAGAAUGAUGAUUCAAAAAUCAUUAAUAGAAAAGUAUCACAAAAGAAACGAACAACUGAUGAUCAAAUUGUUGAAAAGAAUGAUACAAAAAUCAAUUCCAAGAAAAAUAAUGUCACUGUAUUUUUAAAUGUGUUCUCAGGAUUUGUUCAUAAUAUUACAGAUGGUAUCGCACUAUCAUCAGCAUUCUAUAGUUCAAAACACACUGGUGUUGUUACUACGAUUGCAGUUUUAUUCCAUGAAUUCCCACAUGAAUUAGGUGAUUUUGCAAUUCUGAUGUCUAAUGGACUAACAUUUGUUCAGGCAAUUAAAUCGCAGAUAUUUACUUCCAUCGGAGCAAUUACAGGAGCUGUGAUUGGAUGUGCAAUAAAUGAAUUAUCGAAGUCAAACUCUUCAGGACCUGACAACGCUUUGCAUAAUGAUAAUAAUACCAUUUUUGAUGACAUGAUGCCAAUUACUACAGGUUGGUUCUUAUACAUUGCUACUGUUGGUACGAUUCCAAGUUUAGUAGUUAUUUCAAGGGAGACUCAAUUCCAAGAAUUGAAAAUGUUUUUCCUUCAAUUAGCUUGUAUAUCUGUGGGAUUCUACUUGAUGUCACAAAUUUCAUAA